AUGAGUAGCAUUGUUCGUCAAUCAAAAUUUCGACAUGUUUUUUGUAAAGCAAUCAAACAAGAACAAUGUAUUCAAGAUGUUCGAAUAACAGAAGUUUCUUGGGAUUCACAAUUUUGUGCAGUUAAUCCUAAAUUUAUUGCAGUUAUUGUGAAAGGAGCUGGAGGGCCGUUUGUUGUACUUCCAAUAAAUAAGGCUGGUCGUAUAGACAAAGAUACCCCGUUUGUCGAUGCCCACAGAGCAGCUUGUUUAGAAGUUCAAUGGUCUCCAUUUAAUGACCAUGUAAUUGCUAGUUGUUCAGAAGAUACAACAGCAAAAGUUUGGAUGAUACCAGAAUUAGGGUUGUUAAGAACUUUAAGUGAACCUGUAGUUGAAUUAUGUGGACACCAAAAAAGAGUUAAUACUUUGGCUUGGCAUCCAACAGCUGCAAAGUAUGAAAUGAAAUUUAAAAUAUUUUUUUGUUUAGGAAAAACUUGGAUUGUUUUUGAAUGGAGUAUUUUGAUUGAUAUUUUAUUAACUGCUGGAGGAGAAAAUAAAUUACUUCUCUGGAAUGUUGGGACAGGGGAAGCUUUAAUUGAAAUUGCUGGACAUCCAGACCAAAUAUGGAGUGUUGCUUUUAAUUAUGAUGGGAGUAGAUUUGUAACAACUUGUAAAGACAAACAAAUACGAGUUUUGGAUUCACAUACAGGUUCUGUUCUCGUAUCUGGAAUUGGACAUGAUGGUGUAAAGCCCCAAAGAGCAAUAUUUACUAAAGAUGGAAGAAUUGUAACUACUGGAUUUAGUAAACGUUCUGAAAGAAUAUAUGCUUUAAGGGAUUCAAAUACUUUGGAACCUUUACUUCAAGAAGAAUUAGACACCUCAAAUGGAGUACUUUUUCCUUUAUACGAUGAAGAUUCUGGUUUAUGUUAUUUAGUUGGGAAAGGUGAUUGUGCAAUUCGUUAUUAUGAAAUUAAUGAUGAUGCCCCUUAUAUGCAUUAUAUAAAUACUCACACAACAUCUGAACCUCAAAGAGGGUUUGGAUUUAUGCCUAAAAGAGGAGUUAAUUCUAAUGAAAAUGAAAUUAAUCGUAUUUACAAAAUAACAACAAAAGGUGUAAUUGAUGUAUUACAAUUUUUUGUCCCAAGAAAAUCUGAUCUUUGGCAGAGUGAUUUAUAUCCGGAUACUCGAAGUAUGGUCCCCGCUCUAACCGCAGAACAAUUUGCUGAAGGGAAAAAUGCCCCACCAAAUUUAAUGCCUGUAAAUCCUGAGGCAGCAUCUGUAAAGCCAAAAGUGCAGGUGGCAAAGAAGGCAAAUAUUUUGGCUCAAAUGCCUGUUCAAGAAUCUUCUCCACAACAAAAUAACCAUCCUCCCCAACAACGUCAAAUUCCACCUCAACAACAACCAAUGGCACACAAAGAUACAGGAAUUGUUCGACAAGCAAGAGAGCCUUCACCUCCUCCAAAUCCAACACAUCCAAAACAACAAGUUCAAUUAAAAUCAAGAGAGCCACCCGCCGGCGGGGGUGCUUUGACUGCUGGACAAAAACGGGCAGCUGCAGAAUUAGAUAGAAUUAAAAGAGAACAACAAAUGCAUAUAGUAGAUAAUAGUGGAGGUACAAGUACAACUACUCCAAGCACAACUUCUGUUACUCCAAGUAUUUCUAGAAGAGGAAGUAAUUCAUCUUCAGCAGCGGUUAAAUAUUGUUUUUUUAAUUUAAAAAAUAUUUUUUAG